AUGAAGUUAUUCAUCUUCAUUAUUUAUGUAGCGACAGUAAUUUACGUUUCGCAUUGCAACAUGUGCCAAUUGGACAGUUUUGGCAGUACACUCAAUGCUGGCCAGGCGAGUUGCAGUAAAAGGUAUCUGCCUGUUAAGAACCUUCACUGGACGAAGAAAAAAAGGAUAUUGAUAACGGGAGGUGCUGGUUUCGUUGGUUCGCAUUUAGUGGAUAGACUGAUGCAAGAUGGUCAUGAAGUUAUUGCUUUGGACAAUUUCGUCACUGGCAAACGACAGAAUAUUGAACAGUGGAUUGGACAUAGUAACUUUGAACUGUUACACCAUGACGUGACAAAUCCCAUAUAUGUGGAAGUGGAUGAAAUAUAUCAUUUGGCUUCACCAGCAUCCCACAGCAUUAUAUGCAAAAUCCUAUACGUACUAUCAAGGCAAAUACUUUAG